AUGUUGUUCGCCUUGGGGAUCGCUGUGGCUGCAUUUGUGCAGACUCAGCCGUGCUUCCCUCGAGGUGAACAGCAGAUACUAGACAAAUUUGUCAUCAAUGUGGCCAUUGACGAUGACCUCCAAAGAAUGAAGUUCCUCAUCAAUACCAGGGCAAAUCCUUAUACCAACCCCGGCUUGUUGCGUCCCGAUGGACUGUUGUUCACUGAUGUGGAUUAUCAAACCAAUACCUACACGACUUUAUUUAUCGAGGUAGACUUUAUGGGAAAAACCUUCUUCAAUAAGACCGAACGAUUUUGUGAUUUGUUGGCAGUGAAAAAUACUACCGAUGUCACAACUGACCCAAGACUACCAGGGUAUAUACCUCAUAUUGAGCUUCCUGUACCGGCUUCUAAUGCAUCAAUUCUGGCAAAUUCCAAGCGACUGGCGUUUCGGGAUGAAUCAGAGCGGGACGCACAAUUGCCACCGCUGUCACCACCGCCACCAGCUACAUAUGGUUUGGGUGACAAAUUUCCUACAAACUUAUUAGACCGCAACGUGUCACUUCCGGAUUAUUUCCACAAUAUCACUGGUGAUAUUGUGCAAUGUCCUGUAUAUCCUGGAGAUUCAAUAUUCUUUUAUUACGACAUUGAUAUUGGUGAGCUGCGUCACAAGUUGGGGUCAUACCAGGUCAAAUUUUACGUCAUUGCUCCUAAUUUUCCCAAUAAUGGCAUAAUUGGAUGCCUGCGAAUUUAUGUGACACCCAUUCAACCCAAAGCAAUCAGUGACCUAAUAUUAUAUGGUACCAUCGCAUUACUCGUGAUCACUGGAUUGGUCAAUAUCUUCACAAUCGUGAACUCGAGCUAUCAAGAGUCACUGAAUCCUUUCUUAUAUCGUGCAUCCACCAUUUGUAAUCUGAGACUACUCAAGCAGUUGGAUGCUGACAGCACAAGAAUAAUCGUGUACCUUCAGUUUGCUUUGUUUUUGGGAGGAUUGGAUCUAAGAUAUCCAGGAUUUUUUCAACCUUUCAUUUCGCAGAUUCGCUGGUGUGCUUUAAUAGAUGCCAGACUAUACCACCUGCGUCACAAUACUCACGGUCAUGGCGGUGAGAUUGUUCCAACGAAUCGUGAACUCAAAUCCGAUAACGUAUACAUCACUUACAACGCGGGGGGUUUGGGCUCGCUCACGUCCUUUCUGUGGGGGUUGCUGUCAUUUGAUAUUUGGCCUAAUUUCAUGAUAAUUCUUGCUAUUUGGGUAGCAAUCACGGUGGUUGUCGAGGAGUCAUUUUUGGGCCUUAAGUAUUUGAUUGACAAAACUUUUCACAGGUUUCACCCCAAACUGUUACUGGUGCUACAUGAUGUGGAGCAGGGCUAUCAUUUCACUUUGAAAAAGAAUUUAUACUUUUUGGUGGGACAGUUCUUCCAUUCCGUAUUGGCUUUGUUUGGUGUUCCAUUUCUAACCCUCACCACCUAUUUGUUCUAUCUUUGGGGUCAGAGUAAUCGACCACACAACUUCUUGUUGCCCAGUAUGGACCAAAUUUACGAGCAGGCGUUUGCUAGCAAUGGAUCGUACAAUCUUUUGAAUCCAAUGCUCUGCAGUGAAUUGCCACGUUAUCCCAAUGGUACACUAUUGCCAGAUGUUGAUAUUGGAUCAUGCAGAAGUGAUUCCAGACGCCAUUCAAACAACACAUCGCGAAACUCUUCUCACAAUGGAACGGAGGUCAUUAUAAUAUUAGCUUCGAUUCUUUUUGUGGCAUGGAUCAUGACUACUUGUUGGUUUAUAUUUCGCUACUUAAUCACUGUCAAGCGUUGGCGACUAGUCAUAAAUGAUCGCAUGCAAAGGCUCUAUAUGCUGUUAAGACUGAUCUUGCUUUGGGCAUUCUACUAUCAUCAUUAUCGUCCGGACACAGUUUACUUUGUUGCGAUUGAAAUUGGACUUGUCGUCAUCAAGCUGUGCAUCAUUGGAGCUGUCCAAAAUAAUGGUAAGAUACAGGUGAUUGUGCUCGUUGUCUUGGAGGUAAUUGAUUUAUGCGCAUUGUUUGCAAUCCGUCCCUACUACGCACCGAUAAUGUGGUACUCCACCAGGUGGAUGUUACCUGUAGCGCGGUUUUUGGUGACCGUGUUGAAUAUAGCUUUCAUCAAGGAAUUGGAUAUCAGCGAAGCAAAUCGGACUUGUGUGGCUUAUGCUCAACUUUUGAUUCACAUGGUUGUUGCAAUUUGCUUCAUUUUAAAUCUCAUGUGGUGUCUUGGUACUACAAUUGUGUCCAUCAUUGAAUCUCGAAAGUUAGAUGAUGAUGAAGUUGUGAGCUUCAAGGAGGGUGAUUUACUGAAAGAGUACGUUUAUCAGCCAGUUGUCGAGAGCAACAUAAAAUUGAAAUCGGCAGCAGAGUCUUCGAUUGGGAGACCAUCAGCACGACUGUCACGACCACUGUCAGCAUAUGCCCAUUGGCGUAGAGUAAGCAAACUUUCGAGUGAGCUUUCAGCUAUGGCCGAAUCUCUGACGACAGAGAUUGAAGACGACGAAGUUGACUUGAAUGACGAAUCUUAUUUUCGAGGUACUAAAAGUUGGCCACAAGUUGUGGAAAUACGCAAAAGCACGCUGCCUCUGGAAGACACUCUUAACGAACAUUUAUCGUUUGCCAAACUUCAACGGUUUUCCAAUAUGCGUAAGCAAUCUCAAGAUUACAGGAUACGUGAGGGUGACCGCGUUUACGAGAAAUACCUGGUUGACUCUAUUAUAGAUUUCGAAGUUCAAGCACUCUGGGAUGCUCGAUUUGAAGCUAACGAGAACUGCAGCAAACCCACAAACCCACAAACCAUGUUGAAACGGGCAGGUUCCCUAAUUCAUCGACGCCAAAAGACUCAUGCCUCUAAUGUCAAAGGAUUUCAGGUGCUGCGGCCCCGUCCUUUGGUCAUAAAAACCUUAGAUUUGGUGCGCGAGGAGUCUCAACUGUAG